AUGGAGACCAACACGGCCCACCGCAAGAUUGAGCUCCAGAGCCCGGAAGACUUCACAUACCUCAUCAACAAUGUGCGACGCGCCGCCGCCGAUAGUCUCCGCGAGGCCUUCCCACAAGUCGAGGAGGGCGCCGGCGAGAAGGACGAACUGCAUACACGGAUAGAGGAGCUCGUCAACGAGUACAUCCGCCAGACCUUCACCCUCGCGAGCCCCAACCUGACCAUCAACGGCCUCCCCGUCGACCCGUCCCUCUUCCUGUCCGGGACGACGACGACGACGACGACGACGGCCAAGUCCGCCGGCGCGCCGCCGCCCGAGGAGGCCUACGAGCCGUUCGACGGGCGCAAGCGCCAGCGCGUCGAGGACCUGGCCCGCGAGGAGGAGGACCUGCUGCGCGAGAUCGCCGCGCUCAAGAAGCGCGUCCCCGGCGCGGCCGCGGCGCGGCGCCGCGACGCGAUGCGCGAGGCCCUGGCGCGGGACGAGGAGGCGCUCGCCGCGGCGCGCGAGCAGGUCGUGGCGCGCGCUGCCUCGGCGGCCGCGGCCGGCAAGCCGAUGCUCGGCGGCGAUGGCGGUAGCAGGCUGGAGCGGGCGGACGAGGUGGGCGAGGCGUGGAGGGGCGUCGUCGAGACGCUGAGCCGGCUCAAGAGGGACAUGCCCGCCACGGUGGCGCGGAUGGAGCGGGCGAGGGUGGCGGGCGGGUACGUCGUGACCGGGGGCUGA